UGUGGAAUGGGAACUGGAGCUGGAAAUGAGAGUCUCUGAAAGACAAGAUACGAAACAAAAGAGAGGUAAGGAUUAAGGAGGGAAUAGAAGAAACCUCACUAUUAGAGAUUGGGAAAAAUAGGAGAGACUUAGCAGGGGAGUCUUUCUGGAUUCUGGCAAAUCUUUCUAUAAAAGUGAGAAAUUUUGGAAGAGGUUCAGUUCACAACUGAUAGACAGGAGGAAAUACAAGUUGGCUACCAAGAUAGUAGGGACUUGAAGUGAAAUGAAUUCAUUUUCUUGUGGUUAAUAACUGGAGGAAUUAUGGAUAUGAAGGGAUGCUAAGCAGAAGGAUGAUGGCAUGAAUUGUAGUUUACAGAAUGGCCUUGUUGGUAUUUCUAAGCAAGGAGCAAAUAAAGUGAUGAUAACUAGGUGGCUGUGACAUAGAAAUGGCUAUUUUCUCUCCUUGUCCUCGCAGACAAGUCACGAACGUAAAUAACAGGCACAAAUUGACUCCUAGUCCUUUUCCUCUCCUGACCUGAUGCUGAGGUUUUGUGGGGUCAGCGGGAAUACAAAUGAAUAUGAUAGGCUUGGAUGAAAUGACACAAAUGAGAGUGUUUGUUUGACAGGUUGGUGAGUGGCUUCAUGGAGUGAAAUACUGGAGGAUGGAAAGAGGGAUCAAAUGUGAACUCCCAAGGAGACUUGUCAGGUCAAGGACGUGACUUUUUAAGUGGAUUGAGUGGCUGAGGAAGGGUGAACAGGUGAGAGUAGCUGAUUGAAGUGCUGUUUUGUAAUUAUAUUGUUCUAGACAUAUUAUCUGUUUCAGACUAAUCGAGACGGUUUGAUUGAAGGAAUGAAAAAUACUUGCUCAUGUUUUCUUCAGAGACAGUGCUUCAUUUUUCAGUGUAAGGUUAAUUCCAGUUGUUUCAAAUGGGUUGGAAUUUUUUUCUCUCAGCCUGUGUGCAUAAACUUUACUGUCACUAGUGAGAACAGUUUGCAUCAUGAGCCUGCCAUCCCUUUCAGGCUCUCCCUCUUAAAUCAUGGUGCAUUAGUGCUAUUGAAUAAAGAAUUUUCUGGAAACAUUAUCCAACUUGUAUAUUGUAUUGAAUAUCUGCUUCUAAGUUUAGCUAUCAUACUAAUCUGAGUGCUAUUUUCUAAUGGAAAUUUGGACUUUGGCACUAUGCCAGUGUGUUUUGUGCAAGAAUUAGAAGGAAAAAAAAUUGUACCCAAGUUUUUUGUACUAGAUUUGCAAUACUUAUAGGUGUGAUUUGUGUGUUGGAUUGUGCAGAGUGCUGGUCUAACUGUAGGGGUGAUAUUGGAAAAAACAGGAACUAAAUGCUCAGUAGACUUCAAUUAGUUGCAUUUCAAUUACAGAGUUAAUUAAACAGAACUAACCAAGGAAGCCUUAUUUCAUACAUCCUGGAAUCAUGAUCAGCUAAUGGUGCAUGUUGCAUGCAGAGUGAAACUCUGAAAGUAGUACACACUAUGCUGAAGAAUAUGUGACAUGCACAUAUUUAGUAGAUAAUUACUUUUAUGCUGUAGUUUUUACUCUACAGCUGUUGAAACAAGGAAGGAAUACUCAUGUGUGCCAAGUGUGACACCUGCUCCAGUAACUGUAAGUAAAUAGACUAUUGUAAUUACUGAGACAUAUUAUGAGGGAGAGGUCUUAUAAAAUAAUGAGAAUGCUAGUGUUUUGCAUAUUUUGUGGCACUUUCAGAAGUACAGAUGAGGUGAUGGAGUUGUCACUUGUCCCAAAAAAUCCUUUCACACUACAUGAUAGAGCAAAUCUUAUUAAAUGCUUAUUCAGAUACAAUCAAUAAACUAGAAAUUCUCAGUGAAUCUCAGACAUAUGUCAGUGAUUCUUUUUCUGCAGCUGAAUGAGAGUAAACAAAUGGAAUAGGGUGGCCAUAGGAUUAUUAGUUCAACAAUCAGCAAACUGGCCACACUAAUGGUUGUUGCUGCAUAAUUCUGAAAUUAUCUUGGGAAGAAUCUGUGCAAAUGCACUUUCCACAAGCAGUGUAUGCAUCAUGAGUGCUUUAGAGGUACACAAGGCAGUAAUGGAUCAGAAACACCCUGCAAUUGAGUGGAAGCCCAAGCCAGUGUAUCUGUCUCAGACAGAAAGUGUGUGGUGUAUGUUGUUUCUGAAGUCUCUGUGCUACUCAGGUUUGUCCAUCUUCUUGUUACCUACUUCCACACUGAGGCAUCCACUGACAAUGUGUCAUCUUGGGCUAAGAAACAUCUGAUUCUUCUUCCCACUCCCCAUCCAACCCCCUCCCUGCCUGUAGAGGCUAAAGAAAGAGGCAGGAACAAGGCUGAAGGCAAGGAAGCAUUGCUCUUCUAGGCAGAGAACUGAGUCACCAAGACAGAGAAUGAACAGUCAGCUGCCAAACAACAGAGAGGGACUGAGUCCAACAGGCCCCUCUCUCACUGAGUCACAGGGUGCUCUGUUCAUUUCCUGGCAAAGCAAAAUUGGCAUACUUGAGGUUUUCUUUUGUUUGCUUUGAAGCCUGCCUUUGGCACAAGCCAGUGGGAAAAUACACUUUGGCUUAAACAAAGUUCUUAGUACCCUGCUAUUGUAUUAAGUCACUCACAUGUAUUUGGAAGUGGUGAAACAGCCUGCGGACAGCUGGGCAGGUCUAUCAGGGAAUUGGAUUUCGGGAUGUAACAUUUUCAUUGGGUUAGUUAAUGGACUUGGAGAAAUGCAGGACAAUAAUGACAUUUCACACAGGAACAAGUUCUACAUCUUCAGAUGUUCAAGAUAUGUUUUUGAUGCUCCUGUUUUAAAAAUGUGGUAUAAUAGUGACCGUUUUAGAAGAAUUAUUACACUUAGUCUUCGCUAGUCCUUCACAGUAAGGAAAUGCCUGCACAGUUUAUAAGGAUGUUGAAACAAGUGUUGCCAGUUUUUAUGGGUUAGUUAACACUUGAUGCUUUCCAACUGAGAAAUGUCUGAUCCCGUACCAUGCAGUGCAAGUAUGCAGAGGUUGCAGUGGGAGUCAUCUGGGGUUAAAGUAAAAUAAUUUCUCAUCAGAGUUUGGUUUAACCAUUUCAUUCAUCUGCACAUGAGUUAUAAUUAAUUUUUAAUGUUAAACAAACUUUGUUCUGAAAGUACCUGCAUGUAUCUCCCAGGUUCUUAGGCACAAUUGAAGCUGUCCCUAAUUCUGUGUGUGAAUUCUGAUGUUGUUUUUCAGUCAGUCUCUGUCUUUUUCAACCAUGUUACUGCACAGAGUAAGAAAAAGGCAGGAAAAAAUCCUGUGUGGCAUAGGUGUAGAAUGCAGAGUGGAUCUUGUUCAGAUCCUGAAGUGUCCUGCUUGGGAUGUAGUGUCAUGUGCUUUGAUCUGUCUGAUGGCUGGUCUGCCAGAAAUGGACAAACAGUGUUGAGUUUUGAAGAAAAUAAAUCAGAACUCUUAAUUUCUGAAUGCCUGUUCACAGUCAGCAGGGAAGUAUUUGGCAGUAUAGGGAUAGAGCAUGGGAAGUGCAGUGUGUUGUACCCAUAAUUAAUAGGAGUUCCUUUAGAAAAGGUAAAACCUCAGAACUUUAUUCUUAGUUUUAAUACUGAUAUGAUAGAGCUGAUAUGAUAGAGCUGGAUGAAGAUAGGAUCAGAGCAGAUUAUAAACAGGAAAAUAGAGUUAAUACGGGUAGUGAUACAAAAUACAAAAGACUGCCUUGUUUUUGAAGGCAUAGUUUUGAAAAGAUAAAAUAUUUUUACAUGUACUGCAUCAGCUGCAGGAAGUUUUGAAUGAAAGUUGUUGGGUUUUAACUUAUCUACGAAAAAUGUGCUGAGUCACUAUACAGCCCCUUUGUUUCUGGGUACAGAUCCCUGUUAAUCACAUUUUAAUGUACAGGAGAUCAGUGUACAACUCUGCUGUGGAUAUGCUGUUCCCGUGCUGCAGUCCGGAGCAGCCUGUGCCUCCCUCCCCGCUGGAGGGAACAGCGCUGGGACACUGUCCCAGUGUCACCCUGCGCCUGAGCCGCCGUCCCUCCGCCAGCAGAGAGCAGUGCAGCCCUUCGCCGGGAUUUCAGGGCCCAUAACUGCAAACAUAUGUGGGAAACAAAGCAGAAGAGUAAGGAGGAAUAUACACAGAAGCACUGAACACAGAGGCAGACCUGAAUGUGAAGGUGGGAUAGGGAGGUUGCGCUCGAUGGGGAAAACAAUGGAGAGUGAAGUUGAUGCAAAGUGGGCAUGAAAAGAGGAGAGGAAACCCCAAAAUACAGACCCUGCUAAAGCAAGCUGGAGACCUGAAGGAUGAAAGUAACACAUCUUGGAAUGAGAUUGUGGCAUUCCUGUUACCCAAUGAGCCACAGGAGUGGUACAGCUUCUGGUGCUGGGCAUGGAGGAAGGACAGGGACCCAGGAUGUGCAACGAGUCUGUAGCACCAUAGAGCAAUAUAGGUGUGCUUUUCUGGAUUCUAGAUCUUAAUGUGCUUCUUGUAGUGAAUUGGGGUGAAUUAUCCCUAUGUCUGCAUGCUGAUACUAAUCUGUGACUAACAGAGGAGAAAGAAAACCACACAGGAUUAUUUUCGAAAUGUUGCUCUUGGAGUACAUUGUUUCCCAUGAAAAUGUUUUUGCCGGAGUGCAAGGAUAGAGGCACAGCUUGUAUAGCAUUUAUUCCUGACUCUUAUAUUUGGGGUUUUUUCCUGAACUAAUUUGGCACUUCAAUCAUAUAUUGUAUUAAGAUGGUCAGAUAAAUUUCAGCUGCAGAGGAUUGUGUUUUCAACAUCUGACUCAAGAAGUAAAUCAGAAUCCAAUCAAAAAAUGUGUGGGGCUGUGUUUUAGGGAACAGAGGAAAGGGGAAAAGGAGUUGACAUUUCUUGUAAUGGGUACAGCAUGUCCACAAAUCCAGUUUAUUAAGGAUUUUUCCUCUAUUUUUAGCAGAAUGUUGAAACCAAAUGUUUUUUUCUCCCCUUCUUCUAGUACCAUCUCCUGAACUCUUUGUAAAAUGUCAGUCUGUUCUGUAAAAUCUGCAGCAUUCUAAUGGUGCUUUCAGGCUUACUUUGACCUUUUGAAAUCAUUACUACCCCCACCCCCUACAGGCCCCCAUUUUUCCUUACUUAAUUGCACACAGGAAUAGGGAAAUAGGAAUCCAAUUUAUUGUUAUCCAGGUGGCGUUUCCUGUUACUUAGCUUUAUAGUUUUCUGUAUAGUAAUUAGUAUGCAGAAAGCUGGAGAGAUGCCUGUAGUUCCAAAAUGAACUCUCUGUAGCUCUCUCCCUCCCUCCCUCCCACUUGCGCUCUCCUUUUGGCACCGCCCCUUCCAUGCACCCUUUAGCCAGCAGCAAGACAGCUGUGUUUGAUCAUAAACCACUUAAACUCCAGGCUCACUGGCAGGGGAAACUUUAGCGUGAAGUGCAGCAUUGGUUUCUCCCGGGGAAGGGAGCUUUCUUCUCUUUUCCUUUCUGCCUUCCCAGAUACUGAGGACUGUAGCAGCACUCUCCUUUUAAUUUCUCUGUGAACUUGUGUGAAGCUAAUCAAAUUUUUCUGAGUCUGUUGCGGCAUUGAGAGAUGCCCUUUAACAGAGUUGUGGAAAAGAGCAGCAUAAAGCAGACAGCAGAGAUGAAGCAUGCCUUGUAGAUGGACUAAGACAGCCCUGGGAUCCUGGUAAGCACUUCAUUCCCUGCAUUCUCUGAGCACUUCAUAUUACUAACAAGCCUCUCUAAGCAAUGGAUUGUCUGUGAAGUCAAAACCAGUUUCGCUCUUCCAGAAGAUCUUGCAUCAUUAACUUAAACUCUCAAUGUGGAGUAAAAAUGGCUGUCUAGAGCAAAAUGUAUAAGAGAGAAAAAUUUUGGAGAAGAAAGUAUUGAAUCAGUUGAACAGAGCUUUGAAGCAUUACAAUCUGCAGAAAUCGUCAAGCCCUGAGAAGUCUAAUCAUGAAUUCUGGAGUUGCUAUGAAAUAUGGAAAUGAGUCCCCUGCAGAGCUGAGUGAGCUUCAUUUAGCAGCCCUGGCUUCAUUAAAGGGAGACAUUGUGGAGCUUAAUAAGCGUCUACAACAAACAGAAAAGGAGCGUGACCUAUUGGAAAAGAAAUUGGCAAAGGCACAGUGUGAGCAGUCCCACCUGAUGAGAGAGCACGAGGAUGUGCAGGAGCGAACAACGCUGCGCUACGAGGAGCGGAUCACAGAGCUGCACAGCAUCAUUGCCGAGCUCAACAAGAAAAUUGAUCGGCUGCAGGGAGCAACCAUAAGGGAGGAGGAUGAGUACUCGGAGCUGCGGUCAGAGCUGAGCCAAAGCCAGCAGGAGGUUAAUGAAGACUCACGCAGCAUGGACCAGAACUCUGUCUCAGUGCCAGAGAACCAGUCCACCAUGGUCACUGCAGAUGUGGAUAACUGUAGUGACUUGAAUUCAGAACUGCAGAGAGUGCUGACAGGUCUGGAAAAUGUUGUCUGUGGGAGGAAGAAAAGCAGCUGCAGUUUAUCGGUGGCAGAAGUGGACAGGCACAUUGAACAACUCACUACUGCCAGCGAACAUUGUGAUUUAGCUAUUAAGACUGUGGAGGAGAUUGAGGGAGUGCUGGGACGUGACCUUUAUCCAAACCUUUCUGAGGAGAGGUCUCGGUGGGAGAAGGAACUGGCUGGCCUGCGGGAAGAGAAUGAGAGCCUCACAGCCAUGUUGUGCAGCAAGGAGGAGGAGCUCAACAGGACCAAGGCCACCAUGAACGCUGUCCGUGAGGAGAGGGACAGGCUGCGUAGAAGGGUUCGGGAGCUGCAGACUCGUUUGCAGAGUGUGCAGGCCACGGGCCCGUCCAGCCCGAGCCGCCUUACUCCUGCCAACCGCCCCGUCAACCCCAGCACGGGAGAGCUGAGCACCAGCAGCAGCAGCAACGACAUUCCCAUCGCCAAGAUUGCUGAAAGAGUGAAGUUGUCAAAGACAAGAUCAGAGUCUUCAUCAUCUGAUAGACCUGUCUUAGGAUCAGAAAUCAGCAGCAUAGGGGUCUCUAGUUCUGUGGCUGAACAUUUGGCGCAUUCCCUCCAAGACUGCUCAAACAUCCAGGAAAUCUUCCAGACUCUCUAUUCACAUGGAUCUGCUAUCUCUGAAAGCAAAAUCCGAGAGUUUGAAGUGGAAACGGAGAGAUUAAAUAGCCGUAUUGAGCACCUGAAAUCCCAGAACGACUUGCUGACAAUAACACUGGAGGAAUGCAAGAGCAAUGCAGAGAGGAUGAGCAUGCUUGUGGGCAAGUACGAGUCCAAUGCCACAGCCCUCAGGCUGGCACUGCAGUACAGUGAACAGUGCAUAGAAGCAUAUGAGCUGCUGUUGGCAUUGGCAGAAAGUGAGCAGAGUCUCAUUCUUGGACAAUUCAGAGCUGCAGGUGUUGGUUCUGUUGGGGACCAGACAGGUGAUGAAAAUGUCACACAGAUGCUUAAGAGGGCUCAUGACUGCAGGAAGACUGCUGAGAAUGCAGCAAAAGCCUUGCUGAUGAAGCUGGAUGGGAGCUGUGGGGGAGCCUAUGCAGUCACAGGCUGUAGUGUGCAGCCCUGGGAAAGCCUGUCCUCCAACAGCCACACCAGUACUACCAGCUCAACAGCAAGCAGUUGUGACACAGAGUUUACAAAGGAAGAUGAGCAGCGGCUGAAGGAUUAUAUCCAGCAGCUGAAAAAUGACAGGGCAGCAGUGAAGCUUACAAUGCUGGAGUUGGAAAGCAUCCACAUUGAUCCCCUUAGUUACGAUGUUAAGCCACGUGGAGACAACCAGAGGCUGGACCUGGAAAAUGCAGUCUUGAUGCAGGAACUCAUGGCAAUGAAGGAAGAGAUGGCAGAGCUCAAGGCACAGCUUUACCUGCUGGAGAAGGAGAAGAAGGCUUUGGAAUUGAAGCUGAGCACUCGAGAGGCCCAGGAGCAGGCCUACCUUGUCCAUAUUGAACACUUGAAGUCUGAAGUGGAAGAACAAAAAGAGCAGAGAAUGAGGUCUCUCAGCUCAACCAGCAGUGGAAGCAGAGACAAACUGGGCAAGGACUGUAGUGAUGGCACUGCAACACCGCUAACCCUUGCUGAGCUGAGACCAUACAAUGAGAGUGAACUGACUGCUGAGCUGACAAAUGCACUCAGGAGGGAGAAGAAACUGAAAGCAAGAGUGCAGGAGUUAGUGAGUGCUUUGGAGAGACUCACAAAGAGCAGUGAAAUCAGACAUCAGCAGUCUGCAGAAUUUGUUAAUGACCUUAAAAGGGCAAACAGCAACUUGGUAGCAGCUUAUGAAAAAGCAAAGAAAAAGCAUCAAAACAAGCUGAAGAAACUGGAAUCACAAAUGAUGGCCAUGGUGGAGAGACACGAAACCCAAGUAAGAAUGCUCAAACAAAGAAUAGCUUUACUGGAAGAAGAGAACUCCAGACCACACACCAAUGAAACUUCACUCUAAGUGCAUCUCUUUAAAGGAUGCUUAGUGCCAUUACAACUUUAUUUCUUUUGGAGGUUGACUUUUAGGUAGCUUCAAAUGUUAAAAGCUCUGAUUGUUAAUGCUGACAAAACUUAAAAGCUCCUUCUCUGGGAUCCCAGAGAGGUAUAAUGGGGAUAAUAAAAGUGUUAACCUUAAGGACUGUUUCAUAAUGUAAAAUGGCAGUGCCUGAAUUAUCAUGCUAUAAUUGUGUACAUUGCGUUGUUAUGUCUGUAUUCAUACAGCUUCUCCUGUCACCCAUGGGUGACAGUGUCACACAGCAGAAUAAUUCAUGUUAAGAGGUUUUCAUUUGAGUAGUUUGGAGAUCAUGUGAAGUUUUCCCAGUCCCUGAGCUCUCUGCACACAAGUCCACACUUGUACCCUCAUGACUCGCUGCUGUGGUUACCCCACCAAACAGGCAGCUGCAGAGUGGGGGUCACAGCCUGGCUGGCUUUUUCUUUGUGCCCUGCUUGCAAUUCUGCUGCUCACAGUGCAGGUCAGGUAGGAAAACUCCUGUUGAUUUGGGAAAAAAACAAAGCAUAGUUGCAUCUCUGAGAAUUAUGAUAAAAGUGUAAUUCUUACAGUGCAUACGAGGGGCCAAAGGCUGUGGGUUUCACCAUGCCACACAGACACUCUGUGCCAAGGGUGGAUACGAAAUAACAGAAGAUGUCCUGGUAAUUAUAUUGCAUGGUGUUUGCAACUGCUUUGUAGAAAAAGUUGUUUUUUCUUGCUAUAUACACUAUAUCCAAGGUUUUCUUUAAGAAGCUGGGCCAUUUUUGUCACGUGUGUUGUGCUUAUUACAGCUUACUGUGAUCAAGAGGUAGAAUGUCUUCUUUUUAUCCUUUUUUUUUUUGACCAAAAAAAGGUAUUUAAAUAAUGUACCUGUUUAAUAUUGAAUACAUAGGCACAAAAUUAUAGAUGUGUAGAUGUACGGAUAUCCAGCCACAAACAGAAUGUGAAUGGUGAAGUCUUACAGCUUUCUUAGGUUAGUUUUUGUUACUGCUAACAUUCUCUUGUUUAAAUCAUGUAUUACUGUAUUAUCAAACUGACUGAAGUGCAAAUUUUGUCUUGUUAGGUAAAUGAACAUUAAGCAAAUCAUGGGGAUCAGGUUGAUUUCUGUAGGGGUCAAAAUACAGGAGUCUGCCAUAGCACCUGUUAUAUUCAGAAUUUGCCUUUUUUUUUGACAGAGUAUGUAAAAAAGCUUUAUGUGUGUUUUAAAAAGCCAAGCUAUAGUCCCUUCACUGUGUUAGCCUGUUGCUGUGUUAUGCCUCUGCUUUGCAUUUUCCAGGCUGAUUUUCAGUGAAUCUGAUUUCAGGAGAUGUUUAUUGUUUUUGCUUUACAUGUUGAGUUGCACCUCAAGUUUUUUACUAGUGUAUUUAGAAUUAUGAUAAGUUUUCUCAUUUAUUCCUCCCAUUACUAGUACUAAGGAAAUAUUUGAGAGGACUCUGCCUACUGUUGGGUUAGUUCAGACAACAUAGUUACAGAAUUUGUGUUCAGAAUGUGGCAUUAUUGUUAAGUCUUGGUUACAUCUGGAAGUGCAGCAGUUGGUUUUCCAUCUCUUACUGCUGUAGCUGCUGUUGUCUUCUGUCCUUAGAGCAGUUGUUCCUACUUCUCUGGAGUCUAGUACAUCAUCCACAAAGCCAGCAUCACAUGUGGUUGAUUGCAACGGCAAAUUAAAACAAUGCUGAUUUCAAAAUUUUUAGGUAGUGAUGUUCUGGUUUUGAUCAGUCCUCUUUCUCAGAAUAAUUGCACUUCUUAAUUUAUAAUGUGAUUAGAAAUUAUUGCAAAUUAGUCUCUUGAGGGAGGGAGGAGGCACAUUGAUUUCUUCUUUCUCUGUGGUUCUGCUUAGCAGCUCUCUAUGGUGUUUCCACUUUUUUGGCCCACUUUUCUCAUGCCCAGGAGGGUGGGGGUUUGCUGUCAGCUUCAGCAGCUGAGCAUACUUGUUCUGAAGAACCACAAAGGAAAGUAUCCACCAUGUGCUGUGGCAAAAAUGUAGUUACACUUUUGUCUUCCAGCAUCUGAAACACCCGUGUGACGUGAGGUCACCUCAGAAUGUCCAUGUGAAAUACCUUCCACUGGAGAGGACAGGAACCAUACUGCACUGAGCUGCCUCUUAGGCUCAUUUUUCCCCCUGUUUAGAUUAAUGGAAUUACAGAAUGGUUUGGGUUGGAAAGGACCCUAAAAAUCAUCUUCUUACAAUCCCUUUCUGUGGCAGGGACAUCUUCCACUGGAUCAGGUUGCUCCAAGACCCAUCCAACCUGGCCUUGGACAUUCCAGGGAUGGGGCAGCCACAAUUCCUCUGGACAACCUGGGCCAGUGCCUCAGUGCCCUCACA